CGGCUUUGAGAAGGGGAAGGGGCGCCUUCCAACCGAGCCUCCGCUAAGAGACCGGCGCAUGCUGCACUUCGCUUUGGGUCUCGCUCCAGCAGCAGCCGCGCCGUCUCCGCAGCCCCUGUCGCCCCCUCCGCCGCCCGCCAGCUCCCUCUUCGUCCCGAUCAUUUCAGGCUCCUUCUCCUGGCUGCCUGGACUCGGCUCCCGACUCCUUCAUGAAUUGCGGACGACAUGCCCGUUUCUUAGCCGGGGAGCCUUCUUCUCGUCCCGCAUGUUCAGGACCAAACGAUCGGUGCUCGUCCGAAGACUCUGGCGGAGCCGGGCGCCCGGCGGGGAGGAAGGCGCCGGCGAGGUCGCAGAAGGCGCUGCGGACGGGCGGCCUCAUGGGGCCGGCGGAGGAGGAGGCGGGAGCCGGAUUUGCUGCUUGGGCAAGCCGGGGAAAGCGGCCAAGGCGCACGGCGGAUCGGAGGCUGAACUAAAAGCGCUGGCCCACUCGGUGCUGAAGCGGCUGAAGGAGAAGCACCUGGAGACCCUGCUCCAAGCCGUCGAAUCCCGCGGGGGCACCCGGACCUCCUGCCUCCUGCUGCCCACCAAGGUGGACUCCAAACUGGGCCAGCAUUGGUACUCUCUCCCGCUGCUCCUCUGCAAAAUCUUCCGAUGGCCCGAUCUCCGGCCUGGCUCGGAAGUCAAGCGGCUUUGUGGCUGUGAAUCUUACGGGAAAACUCACCUGGACUUAGCCUGCUGCAACCCCUAUCACCUGAGCAGACUCUGCGAACUAGUGUAUUUUAUUCUAUAUGGGAUAGAGGAUAUAGGGGAAAGCAUUAGUAGCCAUUUAUCUUCCAAAUUAGUACAAGAAGAUCCAUUUGAGAGCUACACAUAA